ACUACUCAAUUGAAUCAUAUAGCUAGCAGGUUGUCGUUGGUGUUUUACGGAUUCGGCAUAUCGUCGAUUAGUCACUCGUAGCCCGCGUCUGAUCGAUGAGAGAUUGCCACUUCGUGAAACUGCUGAGGACGUGAAGGGCAUAAGGAUGUCGCGUUUCGUAGGAACACUCUUGCUGAUCUGUCUGUACACGGGGCUUGUUUACGCAGAUAUGGAUUGCUCCAUCUUAGGCCAGAAGAGUUUUUUGGACAGGGCCGUUAAUUCCAAUCAUUGCCCAGGAUACAUGGAUUCGCCCGAAAAAUCUUUUUGCUGUACCAAUCAGGACCUGUCUAGGGUUUAUUGCUGCGAUGCUGAAGAAUUUGCUUUAAAAACUGGCCUCAAUAUCAUCAUACCUGUAAUAAUCACCGCAGCCGUAGUCAUUGGGCUGAUAGUGUGCUGCAUAUCCUGUCUCUGCUGCAGCUGCUGCCCAUGGUAUCGUCGUCGUCAUCAGGGCACUGUCUAUGGAAAAGUUCAGGCACCCGUGACGCAAGUAAUUCAGCCCCAAUCAAGUCUUCCACCAAGCUACACCAGUCAACCGACUCAAAACCUGUAUGCUCCAACCUAUACUCCGUACCCAACGAACUCGACAGGAAUGCCGCAACCUCCACCGUAUACUAGUGAAGCGUACGCUAAACAAGCUCCAUACAACCCCGCUUAUCCACCACAGUAAUCUAAAUUGUAGUUAACUUUAUUGUGUGUAACUAUUGGCGAAAGAUUUACAAAGUUCCUCAUAUUCUUCAGUUUAUAAGAGCAAUUGUUCUCAAUGUCAGGAUCAGAUUCAUCCACAGCGUCAAUAUUACAAGAGUCACGUUUAUCAUGUGUCAGAAUAUGACUCUGUCUGUAAAAGUGGAUGAACAAUUUCCGUCAGGCCAUAGUAUCGUACAAAUUUUGGAAAUAAGAGUUUUUAUUCGUUUUUCUUUCUGAAAAGUGUUCGAUGACUUAUUUUGUUAAACAUUUACACUCGCACAUAUAUUUGUUAAGUAUAUUUUAUAGAAGGAUAUUUUGUAAAUUAAUUUUGUAAAACAAAUACACUUCGUGAAAUACUCUCGGCAAAAUAUCAAUCUUAUAAUAAAUAAGAAAGUAAAUAAAUUAUUAAAUUUUAUACAGUAAUAAAAUAUAUUGUUAAAUUUGAAUACAAAAAGUAUAAAAUUAGAAUGUAAACAAAAUAUAAGAUGUAUAAAUAAUAAAAAAGACUAAGAUACUCUUGAUAUCUUAUUCGUUAUAAGUAAAA